AUGUCUCUCCUCUCCCAGCCCCGUCCGGUCCACCCGCGCGAGCGCCUCUCCCUCUUCACCCACAGCACCCUCGGCCACGACGUGUCGGCCGCCCUCAAGGCCUCGUCGCCGCUCGACAUCACCCGCACCAAGGCCGUCCAGGAGACGCUCGAGGCCCCGCCGCCCUCGCCCGUCGACUUCGGCCGCAACGGCUUCCACCAGCCCUCGCAGCAAUCCGCCGAGGACAUGUGGGCCGCCGCGAGAAGGCGGCUCGACGAGGAGGCCGGCGUCGUCGCUGCAUGA